CCGGUUCCGGGUUCUGAAGUCCUCCCCAGACACGCGGAGACCCAGUUGCUCCUCAGACCCUGAGGGUCUGGACCAUGGGGUCCCCAGUCCUCCUCUUGCUCCUGUCGGGGGCGCUGGCCGUGACCGAGACCUGGGCGGGCUCCCACUCCUUGAGGUAUUUCGACACCGCGGUGUCCCGGCCCGGCCGCGGGGAGCCCCGCUUCAUCUCCGUGGGCUACGUGGACGACACGCAGUUCGUGCGGUUCGACAGCGACUCUGCCAGUCGGAGGAUGGAGCCGCGGGCGCCGUGGAUGGAGCAGGAGGGGCCAGAGUAUUGGGACCGGCAGACCCGGAACCUCAAGGACGCCGCACAGAGUUUCCGAGUGAACCUGAACACCCUGCGGGGCUACUACAACCAGAGCGAGGCCGGGUCUCACACCAUCCAGAGCAUGUACGGCUGUGACGUGGGGCCCGACGGGCGCCUCCUCCGCGGGUACAGUCAGUUCGCCUACGAUGGCGCGGAUUACCUCGCCCUGAACCAGGACCUGCGCUCCUGGACGGUGGCAGACACAGCGGCGCAGAUCACCCGCCGCAAGUGGGAGGCGGCCGGUGCGGCAGAGCAUGAGAGGGACUACCUGGAGGUCACGUGCGUGGAGUGGCUCCUCAGGUACCUGGAGAACGGGAAGGAGACGCUGCUGCGCGUAGAACCGCCCAACACACAUGUUACCCGCCACCCCAUCUCCGACCAUGAUGUCACCCUGAGGUGUUGGGCUCUGGGCUUCUACCCUGCGGAGAUCACCCUGACCUGGCAGCGAGAUGGAGAGGACCUGACCCAGGACACAGAGCUUGUGGAGACCAGGCCUGCAGGAGAUGGAACCUUCCAGAAGUGGGUGGCUGUGGCGGUACCUUCUGGACAGGAGCAGAGAUACACAUGCCAUGUGCAGCAUGAGGGGCUGCCCAAGCCUGUCACCUUGAGAUGCAAGCCACCUCCUCCUACCAACCUCAUCACAUGGAUCAUUGCUGGUCUGGGUCUCCUGGGUCUCCUCAUGGUCACUGCAGUGAUUGGAGCUGUGAUCUGGUGGAAGAAGUGCUCAGGAGAAAAAGGACCAGGCUACUCUCAUGCUGCACGUAAUGAUAGUGCCCUGGGCUCUGAUGUGUCUCUCAUGGCUGCUAAAGUGUGAGACCAGCUGCCUUGUGGGGACUAAGAGAUGGAAGAUUUCUUCACACCCCCACUUGGUGACAUCAGCAACCCCUGACUUCUCUUUGUCCAGAAGAUGUCAGAAUGUGUCUGUGUUCCUUUGAGCAUAUGUGAGGACAUGAGUAGAUUUGCCCACCAGACCGCUCCCUAUUCUGAUUUUAUUCUUCUUUCUGAUGUGCUUUCCUGUUCGAGCAGAGGCAGGCUGGACCAUCUCCAUCCCUGUCUUUAUUUCAUGUUGGGCUGAGUACAAAUGACUUUUUUCUGUAUUGAAAAUGAGAAUCCAGACAUGAGUUGUGUUUCCUAAUUCUUCCAUAUGGGAUUGAUUACGUAAUGAAAGAGGAGAUUUGUAAAAUUGAGACAGCAAAUAAAUGGAAGCACUGAGAACCUUCUAGAA